CAAGUAAGUACCUCAAACAACAAAUUGAUUUUGAUUACUAUAGAAAUGGCUGUUCCUACUAUUAUUGAUGAUCAUCCAAGCAAUGAAGGCACAACAGAGAUUGAGAUUGUGUUCUUCGACUUGGAAACGACGGUGCCCAAUAAAGCCGGACAACGGUUUUGGGUGCUGGAGUUUGGUGCAAUUGUGGUUUGUCCACGGAAACUGGUGGAGUUGGAGAGCUAUUGUACGUUGAUAAGACCAGGGGACUUGUCGGUGGUGGCAAUCAAGUCAGGGCGGUGUGAUGGGAUAACUCGCGAAGCGGUCAGGAAUGCGCCUUCUUUUGAGGCAGUGGCGGACAAGAUAUUCAGCAUGCUGAAUGGUAGAGUGUGGGCGGGUCAUAACAUCCAGAGAUUUGAUUGUGUUCGUAUUAAGGAGGCCUUCGCGGAUUUGGGGAGGCCUGCACCUGUGCCUGUUGGAAUGAUUGAUUCGUUGGGCGUUUUGACUGACAAGUUUGGCAGAAGAGCUGGAAAUAUGAAGAUGGCAACAUUGGCAGCUUAUUUUGGGCUAGGGCAGCAAAAGCACAGGAGCCUUGACGAUGUUCGCAUGAAUUUGGAAGUGGUCAAGCAUUGUGCAACCGUACUUUUUCUGGAAUCAAGCCUCCCAAGUGUGUUGAAUGGCAAGUGGCAUAGCUCUCCUACAGUUACAACAAGAAGCAGAAGUACUAUAAUGGAUUCAACUCUCCCAAGUGUUCCAAAUAAUAAGUGGCUCAACUCUGCUACUACUACCAUUACAACGAGAAGCAGAAGCUAUGGGAAAUCAAUUACAUGCAGCAGCAGCAGCAGCAGAGAAGAAACGAGUCGAAAAUCUCCACCAAUUUCACUUGGGUACUAUCAGAGAGCUGUUCCCUAUGCCACAGGAUCUUUGGGAAAGAUGACAGAAAGAGUGACAAAUCUAUUGUGUAGAGCCCAAAACAAGCCUCUCAAUAAUUUACUAAAGCAUUCUCAUUCACUGUUCCGAUGAUCGAGUGAGCUUAAGAAUGAGCAUCUGAAGAUCCUGAGAGAAAUUAAAGUAAGAUGGCUCAAGUUCUGGUAAACUGAGAAGAAAAAAGAGAGACAGUAUGAAGACAUCUAUGUCAAAUAAUACAGAUGGAGAUCCAUUAAUUCUUAUUAAUCUUGUUGCCUCCAUUGGGCAACAGAAAAAUGUGAAGAAGGCUGAUUGUCAAAUGGUUCAUUGAAGUUUUCCAGAAACACAAUGGAAAUACAGUGGACGUCCUUGGGUACAUAAAUUAUCCCUUGAAGGAGACGUGUGUAUAUAUAUAUAUAUAUCAUGGAACUAACUUGUAUAUAUAUAUAUAUACACACACACACACACACUUCAACUGAUUAUUGAUUUAUUCUUUUCUAGUCAUUAAUUUGUAUAGGAUUAUUCAUAUUUGUAUAGGACUAAUGUACAUGUCUUGUACAUGCCAACUAAUUAAUAAAAUGUAGCUCCCAAUCUUUGUUUAUCUCUUAGCCACAUGUAUAAAGCAUAUAUGGU